AUGGAGGUAUAUGGAAAAUCUGCGAAUGUUAUUUAUCUGUCGAGUAUUUUGGGCCGAGAUAGUCCAUUUCCCGGUCACAAAUGCGACUGGAAAUGCAAAAACGAACAUGUUUGCGGAAACAUGUAUCGCUGCAAUUUAACAGGGCUGACUCAUAUCUGUGAUAAGAAUUGUAACCAGAGAAUUCUGUAUGAUAAUCACAGCUCUCGUUGCCGAGCUAGUGGACAGAUUUUCCCGCUUACACCAACAGAGGAACAAGCCGUGCGAGGUGUUCGAAGGAAGCUUGAUGGAGAGACUACGCCAAUGGCAACGGAUGGAUGUAGUUUUAAGCGGAGACGGGAUGCACAGUUUAAUUCUCCGUUUGAGAAGUCUUUUUCUGCUGUUAGUCCUAUCUGCAGCCAAAUUGGAGAUGGCAUGGAUAUGAGCUAG